ACGCUCUCCACGGCCCCGCCAUGUGCUGAGAGGUGCUGACGCGAGCACAUAGUUCUUCUACGUCGCGAUUACACAGAACUACGCUUCAAUAUAUUUGCGCGCUUUGAUCGCGUUCAGCCGCCGCAAUGGGGUACAUCAAGCAGAUCACCAUCCAGGGCUUCAAGAGCUACAAGGACCAGAUGCAAAUCGAGCCCUUCUCGCCCAACUGCAACGUCAUCGUCGGCCGCAAUGGCUCAGGCAAGAGCAACUUCUUCGCCGCCGUGCGCUUCGUGCUUGGCGACGACUACCAUUUCCUCAGCCGUGAAGAGCGCCAGGCGCUGCUGCACGAGGGCUCUGGCUCAGCUGUCAUGUCCGCCUACGUUGAGGUGUGCUUCGACAACACCGAGGACCGCUUCCAGACAGGCAAGCCCGAGUUCUUCCUGCGCCGUACAAUUGGUGCGAAGAAGGACGAAUACUCGGUCAACCGAAAGAACGCCACCAGGGCCGAAGUGCAGCAGAUCCUCGAGUCGGCUGGUUUUUCGCGCUCCAACCCAUACUACAUUGUGCCCCAGGGCCGAGUCACAGCCCUCACCAACAUGAAGGACACGCAACGCUUGAAGCUGCUGAAGGAGAUAUCGGGCUCCAACGUCUACGAGACGCGACGCGCCGACAGUCUAAAGCUGCUUAGCGACACGGACAGCAAGUGCAGCAACAUCGACAGCGUCGUCGCUUCAAUCAACGAGCGCUUGGACGAACUGGAGGGAGAGAAGGAAGAGCUAGAGGCCUGGAGCCGGAACGACAGGGAGAGAAGAUCCCUCAUCUACACCAUGAAGUCGCGCGAGGAGGCUGAGCUUGAGGCUGAGAUUGAGCGCAUCGAUGCCCUCGAACAUCAGGGCCGCGAAACGCGCGAGGACAAUGAGGCUGUCUUCAAGCAAAACGAAGACAGGAUUGCGCAAAUCGACAAGGAAAUCAACAGGCGGAGAGGAGAUCUGGACAUUCUCCGCGAAGAUCGUGUCCAAUACGAGAAAGAUCGCAAAGCGGCCACACUCGAGAAAGCCAAGAUCGAAUUGGAAUUGAAGUCGUCGCAAGACAACCAGUCGGCUGCGCAGACAUCCAAGAAAAAUCGCGACGCACAGGUCAAGUCUCUGCGCGAGCAGAUACGCACCCGUGAGGCCGAACUCCAGCGAAUCCUGCCCCAGUACAACUCGAAGAAAGACGAGGAGGAAGCUGUGAGAGCACAGCUGCUCGAGGCUGAGGGUCAGCGAAAACGCCUCCAAGACAAGCAGGGUCGUGGCCACGCCUACAGCAACAAGCGACAGAGGGACGACGCCCUGCGCGUACAAAUAGACGAGACCAAUGCCGACCUCAGCCAGCGCAAGGCCAUUCUCGUGCAGACAAACGAGGAAGUUGCUCAGCUUCAAAGCGACAUCGAACGCAUCGAAACUGAAAUCGCCAACAUACGAUCCACAAUUGAAAAUGAGGGGGAUGCUACAGUAACCCUUGCUGCGAAGGUUGAGAAAGCGAAGGAUGCAUACAAGGCGGUGCGCGACGAGCAGACGAAUCUUCAGCGAGAAGAAGCCCGAACCGACAGCCAGCUCCGAACCGCCCAGCAGGAGCUUCAACGCGCAGAGCACACAUUCUCACACUUAUUGGAUCAAAACACCAGUCGCGGACUCGAAACACUUCGUCGUUACAUGAGAGAAGGUGAAAUCCCAGGUGUACAUGGCACCAUCGCCGACCUGCUACAAGUGCCUGAUCAUUACAGGUCAGUAACAGAAGCCGCCGCGGAAGGUACGCUCUUCAAUGUAGUCGUCGACGAUGACAACGUUGCGAGUAAGAUUAUCGAUCGCCUCAUCAAAGACAGAGGUGGCCGGCUUACGUUCAUCCCUCUGAAUCGCGUGCAAGCCACUGAUAUGAACUUGAAGCCAAGAGGCGACAUGCAACCGCUACUACCAAAGCUGACGUAUGAGGAGCGCUUCGACACUGCAUUCAAGCACGUGUUUGCGAAGAUCGUCAUCUGCCCUGACCUAAGUACUUGCAAGAGUGUUUCGAACCAACUAGGAGUCCGAGCUUACACUCUUGACGGCGACAGCGCCUCGCGCAAGGGGCUUUACCGUGGAGGGUUUCAUGAUCCCUCCAAGUCCAGAAUCAAUGCCUAUCGGACAGUCACCGAGUCCCGCACACAGUUUGAGGGACUGCAACAACGUAAACGCGAAAUUGUCACGGAGUUGGAUUUGAAGCGUCAGCAGCUCACUGCUGCGGAGAGCGAAAUCAGGCGACGUCAACAUGAGAAGAACGAUGGCGAGAGCAGCUUUGGGCCAUUACGAGAGGAACUUCGCUCAAAGCAAAGAACAUUGCAAGACAAACGCGACAUGGUCACAACUCAGCAGGCGGCAGCUUCGGAACUCCAGUUGGCCAUCAAUCGACUCGGUGCUCAACAAAGUGACUGGGAGGGUGAGAUUGCAACUGACUUCAAGAAGACACUAUCAAAAGACGAAGAACAGAUGUUGAACACACUCACCAUCACAGUAAACGACUUGCAAAAGCAAUUUGCAAGAAUCAGGGAGGAGCGGACUGCUUUCGAGGCACAGAAGGUUGAGGCCGAGCUUGAGCUCAACGAGAAUCUGCAACCGAAUCUCGAUGAUGUGCUUGCACAACAAGGAGGCUCGGGCGGCUCCGUGAGCCAAUCAACACAUCUACGAGAGUGCGAGCGAGCACUAAAAGCCGUUGACCGGACCAUUGCGGAUCUCGACGCGAAGAUUCAAGAUACCGAUGCUCAGAUCGAAGAAAUCAGGGGGCAGCUGAGUGAACUGGAAAGCUCGAGAGCGGAGAGCGAAAACAGCAAUCGAGAUCUUGCCAAGGCCAUGGAAAGGCAGGAGAAGAACCUAUCUAGGAAAGAUCAAGAUCGCAGCCGUGCCACGGACCGACUGAGCGACGUCAAGCGAGAUAUUCGAGACUUGGGUACCUUGCCUGAAGAUGUUGACCGCAAAUACGGACGAUGGGAUACUGCGAAGGUUGCAAAAGAACUCGCCAAGGCCACGCAAGCAUUAAAGAAAUUCGCCCAUGUCAACAAGAAGGCGUACGAACAAUACGAAAACUUCACACGCCAACGCAAGACCCUCAUUGAUCGCCGUGCUGAACUCGACACUUCUCGCAAAUCCAUUGAAAACCUCAUCGACGUGCUUGACCAGCGCAAAGACGAAGCCAUCAACCGCACUUUCCGCCAAGUCGCCAAAGCCUUUCAGAAAGUAUUCCAGGAGCUUGUGCCCAUUGGCACCGGUCGCCUACUCAUCAACCGCAAAUCAGACGAAGAUGCUGAAGUUGAGGAGAGCGAGGACGAGGACGCACAGCGCCGCGGCAAAGGGAGCAAGGUCGAAGAGUACAUCAGCGUCAGCAUUGCUGUAUCCUUCAAUAGCAAGCAUGACGAGCAGCAGAAGAUCGGGCAGCUGUCUGGUGGUCAAAAAUCGCUGUGUGCUCUAGCUCUUAUCUUCGCGAUCCAGCAGUGUGAUCCUGCACCCUUUUACCUUUUCGAUGAGAUCGAUGCGAAUCUUGACGCACAGUAUCGUACGGCGGUAGCAAACAUGUUGCAAAAGCUGAGUGGACAAGGCGGCAAGGACGGGAACGGUGGCGGACAGUUCAUUUGCACGACGUUCCGGCCGGAGAUGGUGCUUGUGGCUGACCGGUGCUAUGGUGUGAGUUAUUCCAACAAGACGAGUUCAAUUGAUGUUGUCGAGCGGGAGGCGGCGUUGGAAUUCGUGGAUGGCAUGCAGAAGUAAGGGUAUGAUUGAUGGCUGGCUUGAGAGUGUUUGUCGAUUUCGUUUCUGUACGUGUAGGCGUGUGUAACUGAGGAACUUGCUGUACAAGAAUUAUGAGGGUCCGUUCCGUCUAGCAGCACUAUAUGUGGUCUUCGAAGGCAAGAUGGCUGUGGUGUCGUAUACCAAAUAGUUGCUCAUGUUUGAAUACACGACAAGCUUUGUUUACCGUGG